CUAUUUGUUGUGGGUCUUAGUAGUUCUUAGUGGUAGAAAAAGUAAACCGAACAUUGGCAUGAUGAACUGAGAAAAGACUAAAAAAUGUAUGCCAACAUAUAAUAGCGCAUGAGGAAUUCUAAACAUAAGCUGCUAUGUUGCUCUUAAUUUUUUCAUUUUUACUGCUGAAUUGUGUAUGGCUUAAAAUAAUUUUUAUUUAAGAAAAUGCUAUUUAAUAUUAAAGCUGAAAACGCGAAAAACAGCCUUCCAGUCUAUAAAGAUCGCAACAUAGCUUAACAAAUAUUUUUGAGCGAUCGUUUACAUCUGAAAUGUUCCAGAUUUAUUUAUUUAUUAUUUUUUUUAAAUAUCUAUAAUUUAUUCAUUGUAACUAUACAAAACCGUGUUCACUGAUAUCGCAGCUUGCUCUGCGACUGUAACUGCUUUAAAAACGGCGGGAUUUUUGUUGUUGUUCUUAACCGAAGAAUGUCAUCAUGUCAGAUAAAAUAUCUGUGAAACCGAAAUCGUCAACCAAAAAAUCUAGACAUAAUGUGCCAUCAAGAUAUAAGGAAAGUGCAGAAAAAUUUUCAUCAACAAGGAGAGACCGGACUUUGUGCUACAUCAGCAAAGAUAGCCAAGGUAGUUCAAAAAAUAACAAACUCGUAACUUCCACGCCUGCAAAUAAAAAUGUUCUUCCCAUGGCUGCCCUAGAUGCAUCUGUUAUACCUGGUCCUGCUAACUUAAGUGGUCAAAAACUAGAACAAAAUUCUUCAAAUCAGUUGGAAGACAAUCAGGAAGUGUUGUGUACUAAUAAACCAAAAUUUGAAGAAUUGAAAAUUGAAGAGCCUGAAGAUUUCAAUCAGGAAGAAGCAGAAGACAUGAUGGAUUUGUUAUAUGCCCAAUAUUUACAAGCUGCUUUCAUUGAAAGCAAAGCAAGAAGGGCCUUAGAAUUAAGAUCUAAGGAUGUUUUAGAGAAAUUAAGCAAAAUGAUGCACAUUAUCAAAUCGCUAACUGAAAAAAAGGUUUUUUGGGAAAAUCAAGUUAUAUGCUUAUCUCAUAUGAUUAAAGGUAAAGAGCAUGCUGAGAAACAGGAACAAAUUCUCAAGCCUAUUCUUGAAAUUAUUCCUAGUCUUGAAAGCCAAUAUGAAGAUAUUGCCAAAGCUGUUGACAAAAAGAGACACAAAUUACAUAUUAAAGAUGUAAUAAAACUAAAGCCAGAACAAGAAGAUGACAUAAAUCAGAUGCUCCAAAAUAUGAAUGAUGUUUUGGAUAUUCUUAUGAACAAGAUUCCUAACCUUGCGGAAAUAUUUUCUUUGGCUGAGACCCAUAAUUUAUUUGCAGAUGACAUAAAAUUAAUAGCUGAAACCCUCAAAAGGGGCUUUGAACUGCUUUUUGAAUCCAGAAACUUGCUACUGUCAGAAGCAUCUUUGAAAUUAGGCUUAAAAAGUUUUUAAUGUCACAAUUAUCUUUUGAUGUUUUCUACAUGAAUUUAUGUUGAACUAAUUUAUUUUCGUUGUUUUAAUUCGUAUUUACUUCUAAAUAAUAAAUCAAGCUAUGUUCUGUUGUUAUUUUUAUGUUUUAUUUGUUAUUUAUUGCUCAGAAAUUAUUGUUUAUAUAUUCCUGUAGCUUUGCAUUCAAGAGCAGUUUACGCACUAAAUUUGAAAUCAGUAAAAAAAAUAUAAUUUGUUAUUACUUAGUCUGAAGAAAGAACUUGUGCAAUUAAUCUUACUUCUUUAUACAGUGCAUAUAAAAAGGGGAAAAUGUGUUUUAUCUGCCAUUCUAUUUAUCCUCCACUUCUCAUGUCUUGAACGUUGACUUAAGAUGUAGUGAAACUUUUGUUCAUUUCCCAAGGCUCUCCUUGACCUGAAAUGUUCGUAAACCAAGCAUUUGUCAUUUAAAAUACCUAAAUCUGUUCCUGGAGCAAAAUUAAAACAAAUUAAAAUUUUAUGACAGUACUUUAUGUAUAAAUCAGAGCUUCGAACCAGAACUGAACCGAAAAGUGGAGAAAAACUUUAUUUUGGUCAGAACAAAAACUGGAACUGAAACGACAAAAAACAUUGGUUUAUUUCCGUUCAAUGUAUCUUCAGUCAUUUUAUCACUGUAACUAACUUAUCAAUAUUUUCUAAUUCAAUGUCAACCAUAUAAUUAUCAUCAUUACAUGUACAUUGCUUCUCGAUUUCCUGUUUUGAUGUUCACUAGUACUUUUCUGUUUCAGUUCCGCAUGAAACCACUUGUAGAAAGCAAAUUUAAUUCUGUUGAAUGAACUAGAAGUAUAGAUGACUUUUUAAGAAAAAUAUCAGUCUGAAUUAUAUUUUUCGCAUCUCAGCAUGCUAUCAUCCACAGUUGUUUGUAUAGGCUGUUGAGAUGGACAAACCAGCUGCUCAGCAGUAAGUAUCCAGUGCAGCAACGCCCUAAGAAAGAAAGGGAUUGUGAUGUACGCAUAAUAAUAAGUUUCUCUAAUUGGUCAGAAGAUGUAUAAAGGCUAAUGACAUUCGGUAUAAAUUCAUGGAGAGUAAGUACAAUGGUCAACUAGAAGUAAAUAGUCAAGUAAAAAAAUAAUACAUUAAAAAUCACAUGUAACUCUUAACUGGCUCUCUAUUCUUUUGUUUUGCACCUCAAUAUUGAAUUACUGAUAACGUAAGUACUUGUGUAUUAAAUUUUAAAAUCAAUUGGUUCUGUAUACUGAUAGCACAUUUUCUCAGUAUUUAUUUUAAAACUUGUCUAUGAUUUGUUCGAUUACAUACUAAUUGAAUAAAAUAUACCAAAACCUUUUUUUCAA